AUGCAGAUUGUAUGGGAGCCGUACACGCAUACGCUAGGCUCCCUACCUGCGUAUUGCACUGCUGGGCAGCAUAUUUGGAGGGCCGAGGUGCCGUUGAUAUUCUUUUGGAUAGUGGAGUGGCAUCAUCCUGAGCGAGUCCUCCGUCAGUUUGGGAUGAAGCAACCAGUUCCAAGUGUCGUGGAUACGUCAACUACCCUUCACAAGAUAUCCCUUCAGGGUAAAUGGGAGAAGAACUGGGAGGUAGAACAUGAUCCCUUUAUUCGGCAAUGGGCCAACCGAGUGAAUGUAGUUCGUGGGUCCGAUCUCCUAGACGAUGAUGAUACGUAUCUCGUUGAGUACAUGAUGUGGUACAAUCGCCACACAAGGCGGUACAUAACACCAGAUUCCGCAUAUUGGGAACUCAUGGUUCGGACGAUGAUUAGGUCUAUACAGAGGUGCGAUGAAGGUUCUGACAUGCACACUGACCUUACAUUUACACUAGAGCUUGUGGAGGAGCUAGGCCGACUUAAAUUGGCGAAUGCGCUUGCAGAAGCAGUUGACAUUGAUACACAGGCCGCAGUUCGUGGCGGGCAACGUGGUGGGUCUCGUGGGGGUGGACAUCGUGGAGGUGGUCAAGCUGGUCGCAGCCGUACGACCGAGUCGGCUCCCAUCUACGAGGAAGGGAAUGAGGAGGGUGUAGAAGAGGCAUGGCUUGGCACUGAUUGGGUACUGUCUGAUGACGACGGCAGGACACCGCGAUGUACGCCUGGUGAUGGUGCUGGGCCAUCCCAUACCGUCGAUCAUCAGGGCACUGUUCCAGCCCACACUACAUCCCAUGGUGCUAGCACGGACUUUGAGGGCCCUCCUCGUAUGUCGCCCCCAGUUUUCAGUGGAUCUGCCCAUGAUGGUGGAUGCAUAUUUGUCCCCACACCAGGCAUGCCCACCCCACCUCUAGUGCAUGUGGACCCCACCAUGUCAGCUCCAUCUCAAACCCCCCACGGAGAGGCUGUACAGAUUGAGCAGAUACCGGCUGAGGACAUUGAGCCGGUGGAGGCUUUGCGGAGAUCGCGACGCCCGCGUGCGCAUGCUCCCGAUUGCGGGACCGGUGAUGGUAAGAUUAGACCUGUCAGGGCAUAUGGGCGGAAACGAAAAGAUCAUUAAAUGCCUUAGUGUAUGCUUAUACUUCCUGCCUAUAGGCCAUUGAGCUGGAUUGUCCUUGUGUGCUUAUUCUUCAUGUGUAUAGGUGACUGGAAUAAGCAUGCAAAAUGUUCUACUAAUUGGGGAGAAUCUUGGUGGCUGUGCAUCUAUUUCUGGAUCAUUGCUUGGGGAGAAUACUGGCUGUCAAUGUGUUUGUUGUCAAGAAAUUGAUAUUUUGGAGAAAACCCAUAAGGCAUAUUGUAUUUAUUGAUGUAUUAGGAAGUUUUUCUGCACUUGGAGUUUUGAUUGCAAUUUGACAAAUGUCUGGAUUGGUAUUCAUUUGAAGCCAAACUUUCUUGUGUUUUUGUAUGUUGUUAGCUACAGUAAAGUGGGUUGUAAGAGAGUAAUUUGUUUUUUUAUUU